CUUCCUCACUCACACUUUACACCUUUGACCCACACUCUCCUCCAGGAGGACCCCUCGCUGGAGAGGCAUUUUAAGGGCCACCGAGAUGCAGUUACCAGUGUGGACUUCAGUCUCAACACGAAGCAGCUGGCCAGUGGCUCCAUGGACUCAUGCCUCAUGGUUUGGAACAUGAAGCCCCAGUCACGUGCCUACCGCUUUACGGGCCACAAGGAUGCUGUCACCUGUGUGCACUUCUCCCCCUCCGGCCACCUGCUUGCCUCGGGCUCCCGUGACAAGACUGUCCGCAUCUGGAUACCGAAUGUCAAAGGCGAGUCAACUGUGUUCCGCGCACACACGGCCACGGUGCGGAGCGUCCACUUCUGCAGCGACAGCCAGUCCCUCGUGACGGCUUCUGAUGACAAAACAGUCAAAGUGUGGUCAACCCAUCGCCAGAAAUUCCUGUUCUCCUUGAGCCAGCACAUCAACUGGGUCCGUUGUGCCAAAUUCUCCCCCGAUGGGCGGCUCAUUGUGUCCGCUAGUGAUGACAAGACUGUCAAGCUGUGGGACAAGACCAGCCGGGAGUGUGUCUACUCGUACUGUGAGCAUGGCGGCUUUGUCACUUAUGUGGACUUCCACCCGAGUGGCACGUGCAUUGCUGCUGCCGGCAUGGACAACACUGUGAAGGUAUGGGAUGUGCGGACUCAUCGGCUGCUGCAGCAUUAUCAGUUACACAGUGCAGCGGUGAACGCCCUCUCUUUCCACCCCUCGGGAAACUACCUGGUUACGGCCUCCAGUGACUCUACCCUGAAGAUCCUGGACCUGAUGGAAGGCCGGCUGCUCUACACGCUCCACGGGCACCAGGGACCAGCCACCACUGUUGCCUUUUCAAGAACAGGGGAGUAUUUUGCUUCUGGAGGUUCUGAUGAACAAGUUAUGGUUUGGAGGAGUAACUUUGAUGUUACCAGCUGUGGCGAAAUUGUAAAAGUGCAGAGGCCCCCAGCCAUGCAGGCCAGCUCUGCCGGGAAUCUGCCAGAAGUGGAUUUCCCCAUCCCACCCAGCAGAGGCAGGAGCCAGGAGUCACUGCAGAGCCAGCCCCCAGAGCCCGUCAGCAUGCCGCAGACACUGACCAGCACACUGGAGCACAUUGUGGGCCAGCUGGACGUCCUCACCCAGACUGUUUCCAUCCUGGAGCAGCGUUUGACACUGACAGAGGACAAGCUGAAACAGUGUCUGGAGAACCAACAGCUAAUCAUGCAGAGAAAGACAUGA